UAUUUUCUGUUUGUUCAUGUAUGUUUAUUUUUGUUUGUUCACUGUCAAGAAUAAACACAUUUUUCUUAAUAAACGAAUACAAACAAAAAAAUUUGUCCUUAAACAGACCAACAAACCCGCUCAUACUCAUUCGGUUUGUACUUUGUAGGCCUAUUUGUACCUAUUAUAGUACAUUUUAGCUUUAGAAGAGCUUGGUGUUUGCAAAAGCCUUAAAGGAAUAUUAAACUUUACAAAGUUAAGCAUGAGUGUUCUUUUAUAUAAUUAAAGUAAGUAGAGGACCAUUAAACACAUAACCAAUAUUGAUUAGAGAACUAUGACAAAACGGUAUGAACAUUUGUACUUAUUGCUUUAGUUAUAAUAAUUAACGUUGUUAUUUAACAGCAUAACCACUAGCUGGUAAGUGUGUACGUAGUUCUCGCAAUUCUCUAUUUAAUAUUGGUUCUGUAUUGCCAAUGACCUCUAGCUCAAGUGGUAGGAGAAUUUGAAUUCUUCUUUGAAGACUCAAGUUCAAUUCUCAUUUGGUGCAAAAAAAGGAGUGCUGCACUGGUGGGCAGUGAUAGGAGAUUCAGGGAAACCUGGGUUCGAUCCUUGAGCCAAACAGGGUUUUACUGGUAAUUUACCGUCGUGCCUACGGGCGGGUGGGUUACCGGGUUUUCCCCGGAAUUGGUUCUGUAUUGAACGUGCCUAAGUUAUAUAUGUCAUGAUCUUGGAGAAAUUGACAUGGAAACAGUAGAGAAACAAGCAGCAGAGUUAGAAAAAGAACUAAUCAUAAAAGAACAAGAAACACUAGAGGUACUAAGAGAACUAGAGUCAGCAAAAGGUGUAAUGGAAGGAUUAAAACUCAACAUCAUGAAAGAAGUCUCAUCAAUCCUCAAUCUAAAUCCAGAUUCAGGAACAACUGUGACAUCUUCCGACAAGUCAACCGCGAGUUUGACCUUGUGUUCGGUCCCAUUGCCACCCGCGAUCAUCUUGUCCGAGCUAAAAGAAGCAAAGUCAAAGCUAAAUAGAACAACCAAUGAUCUUGCUAUGAUUCGCGCUUCGGUUGAAACUUUGAACAAAAAGAUGAGGACCCAUAAAGUGAAUUUGGCCGAAAAUGGAGACACGAAAUGUGUGAUCAAAGAAUCGAUUGAUGUGUCGAAUAAUGGGUCCCACAAACCGACGUUUGAAGCAGAACAGUUUAGAAGAAUGGAAGAGGCUGCACAAUAUGAGGUGAUAAAGGCAACAUCCGAGAUUGAACACACGAAAAUGAGUAUAAAGAUGGUGGAAAUGAGGUUGUUUGCGGCUAAAAAGAUGGAAGAAGCGGCAAGAGCUAUGGAAGCUGUGGCUUGUGCGGAGAGUAGGCCGUUGGUUCGCGAAGGAAUAACGCUUUCGUAUGAAGAGUAUUGUGAACUUACUCAAAAGGCGCGAAAAGCCGAAGAUGUAUCUAAGAAAAAUGAUUAUCAUAGGAAGGAUGCUAAUCUUUCUACAAUGGCGUUUCUAAAGAACUCGAUGGAUCACACGGAUGAUGCCAAAUUUAGACGAAAAACCCUUGGAGAGGCUUUAGGGACCAAAACGGACACUGCAAACGAAAGAAAUCUUGAAUCCAAAGCCGGGUUUCCCCCACGAAAACCAGAAACUCAUAAUCACCCAAAAACCCGAAGCUCAAACCCUUUUCAUGGCCAUGUGCCUAGACGGUUUGAGCCAUUGAUUGGGGACUAUCCAAGCAUGAUCAACAAAGAAUCAAGGCCGGUGUUGAGAACAAGCGUCUCAAUUGGUGACAUAUUAAGCCGAAAACUGAUCCUACAAGAUAAUAUAAUCGUUCGUGAUGAUGUUGAAAGUCAAACCCAAAGAGACGAUCCAUCUUUAACCGAAAUGCUUCGCGAUCAAAGUGGUCUUAUAUUUCAUGAUUCUAGCAAAACAAACAAAGAAGGUAGAAUUGAUAAGCAGUUUUUUAGUCAGAGGAAGAAGUUUGGUUUCAUUCAUGUGUCACUACCUUUGACCAAACAUAACAAGAAAAAAUCAAAUCCACAAACUCCCCAACCAUUAAACAUGAGGUACCCUUAGUAUAUGAUUUUUCUUGAUUUUUUUUUUUGGGUUUUCGCUUGGGUUGUGGUUGAUUUUGUUGUCGUAGAUGGUUUACGAGGCGUGUGUGACGCGUAGUUUUUACUUGGUUAAUGGUUGUUGGGUUGAAAUAAUUUAUAGUGUGUUAUAUAGGAUAUAACUUUGUUUUGAUGAUUGUAAUCUAGAUGAAUAUGUUAUGUUAUUGAUUCUAUUA